GGUGGCAUUGCGACUACGUUGACUCAGCCAGUGGAUGUUUUAAAAACGAGGGCCAUGAACGCGAAACCAGGCGAGGUGAAGAGUAUAUUCGCCCUCAUCAGAGCCACCGGCAGGGAAGGUCCUCUAGCAUUCUUCAAAGGAUACAUUCCAGCGUUCGCUAGACUUGCGCCUCAUACUAUUCUAACAUUUGUAUUUUUGGAACAACUUAGAAUGAAUUUUGGUGUGAUUAAAUUUAAUUAAUUCCCAUUUGUUAGAUUAAAAUAGUUUUUUGUAUAUAUUGCUAAUUUGGUGUAACUGAUUGCAAUUUUCUUUUACUUGCAUUUAGUUUUAGCGGUUGAGGAUUUGUAAGUUGUUUCUGUUUCCUAGAAUGCACAUAGGAACUUAUAGACUUUGUUACUGUGAACUCUCAUAAUUCGUGUAUGUCGCUUACAACUGCCAUGUUUAAUGUAACAAGUCGAAAAAUUAUUUAUUGAGAUAUUUUCCAGCAAUAAUUUAAGAAUUCUCGCAUAAUUUGUUGUUAGGUUGAUUGAACGACGAAGUCACGUUUGGUUAUGUAUGAAUUUGUGUAUAUAUUUGGAAAUACACAUUUUUAAAAAAUAACGAUAACAUAAAUAAUAAUGAUUACAUUUGACGAGAUUAAUUAAUUACACAAAUGAGAACAUUAUAGGGUGGUGUUAAGGAUAUUAUUUCUUUUGAAGAAUUUUUACUUUUGAGAAAUUUACAACUUUACUAUUAAAUAAGAAGUAACUCUGAAGGCUUUAAGGUAUGUAUUCCCUGUUGCCUUACUUAAUAAAAACAAGUCUUCCUCUACAUUUUUGGAUGCUGUUUGCACAGUAUUGUCCUAACCUCUCAUUAUAAAUUGUCCACUUGGAAACUAUUUCUCUGAGACGACCCCAGAGUCAUGACAAUAUAAUUAAUAUUUUUAAUAAUAUCUACAUGACAUACUACAUGUUAAUUUUAUAUAUAUUUCUCUUUUAUUUCAAACUUCUUUAUUUAUUUUUAAAAUUUUCAAAUAAUAUAAAAAUAUUAUCAAUCCUCAAUUACAAAGGACAUUAGGGAUAUAUUGAUUUACAUGGCUGUAAAAAGUAUAAAUUAUUCUGUAUAUUUAUAUGUUAUGUAUAUAAUACUACAUAGGAAGAGACUUUGUUAUAUGCCGCCCUGUGGCUGUGUUGUUUAUUUAUUUUCUAGUAUUUUUAAGUGUGCCAAAAAUGUAAUAGCCUAAAACAAUUAUUUAAAGAAAUGUGCUCUUUCUCGAUGUGACAACGAUAUUUGUAACUUAUUUAUUAUAUUUACGUCAUUGGUUAUACAUUCCUCAGAAACAAAAUACUUUUACGAUGUAAGUUUAAAAAUACUAUUAGUACAGUUUUUAAAAUAUGUUUUAUUGUUGUUUCAAUAUUUAGUCAUUUGUUCCAAUAAGUCACUUUUGACUCUAGACUAAAGUAUUUUCUAGGUAAUUUGUUAAAAAAAUACUUUAAGAAUAAUACAAUUUAUAAUUUAUUCAUAACAAUGUAACGUUUUUGAUAUGAUAUAUUCUAUUCGACGUCUUAGACGCGGGCACUAUUAGAUUUAUAUACAAUUUAAACGAAUAGUAAAAUGUUAAAAUAGUUUCUAAGGUUAAACUUUGUAGAACGAAGUGUUUGUAGCGAUUGGGUAAUCUAUAAUCAUGUUGAUACGGGUGGCAACAAGUCGAAAAGUGUAAUCAUCAUGAAUGUUUAUCUAGAAUGUGUAAGUAGAGUGCGACUCAUAUAUAAACUUACUGCGGGAUUAUGUAUAUAAUUAAGAAAAUGUGUUAUUUUAUUUUUAUGAAAAUGUUGAGUGCUUGCUGCACUAUAAAUUACCGAGAUUAUUUUUCUAAA